AACACAUCAACACAUCGAUAUCCAGCUGUCAGCCUUGGGAACGGAAUAGAAUAGCGGAAGACGGAAAGGCAAAGGCAAGAGCCUGCAACCUUGAGCUUCCGUGAGCUGCGCCCAGCGUCUUCGCCAUUCGCCAUUCGCCAUUGCUUGCACGAAGGCCCGGCGCGGCCACGCCAGAGCCCGCGCUACGCUACGCUACGAUACUGCUCUCGCUCGAUAGCCGUCACGGCUCCUACCCAAUGCGCUUCCUACUCAACGCGCUUCCUUUCCUUCUCUUCCCUCCCCCGUCAGACACCACUGCGACUGUACACAGCCUGUCCCGGCGGCGCCUGGCCACGAUGGCAGUGGCAGACGAUUGGCCUCAGUUCCGCAAGGACAUCCACUACAGCGACGACUCCAAGCUGAAUACUCUCCAAACAUGCAUUCCAAAACCGACAAGCUCGAAUGACCAGGGUCGAAUAUGGGUUGUGUAUGUGCACGGCGGAGCCUGGAUUGACCCAUCACAGACAGCAGCAACUUUCGACAAAGCUCAAGAUAUACUGCUGAAGUCCCCUGCGGUGCGUCACAUUGCUGGCUUCGCCUCUAUCAACUAUCGCCUUUCGCCAGCGCCGUCCAACCCGACGCAUCCAUCAAACCCAGCUGAUCCAGCCCGAAAUGCCACUCACCCUGAUCAUAUCAAUGAUGUGCUCAGCGCCAUUCUGCACUUGCAGGAGACGUAUCGCUUCGAAGAUCGCUACAUCUUGGUAGGGCACUCGUGUGGAGCAUGUCUGGCCAUGCAGGUGGCCAUGAAGCGGUACUGGGGAGUCAAUCACCAGUCGACUCAAGCGCUGGAGUUGAACGUCGUUCCACCCCUGGCCAUUUGUGGUAUUGAGGGACUGUACGAUCUGCCGGCUUUGGUGAAAUAUCACGACAAGCUCAAUGACCCAUUCUACCGCAGCUUCAUUCAAGCGGCUUUUGGGACGAAUGAGCGAGCCUGGGCAGCUGCGAGCCCAACACAUGGCGACUACAAGUCGAAUUGGGAGCACGGAAAGCUGGUAGUCAUUGCGCACUCUCGAGAGGACGAGCUUGUCGAGUGGGAGCAACCAGAGCUUAUGCUAAGCUCUCUCCAGAAGCAAGGUUUUACCGAAUCGGGUGACCGAAGACUGAAGUUGUUGGAACUGCACGGCACGCACGAUCAAGUGUGGGAAGAGGGCGAAGAAGUUGCCAGAGCUAUUGAGUAUACGAUCAAAGAGUUUCUCAGCCUGGACUCAUAAGGCCUGACGAUACUCUGCCUCGCUCCAGCCAAUAUCGUCUGGGAUUUUGUCUUGAUUUCGGACAUACCAUGUUCUGCUGGCUUCACAGAUUUCCUACUUCGGCUUCGGCAUCGGUUCAACACUCGGCAGCAAUAGGCUGGUUACAAAUUACAAUGCAAUUGACAUCGACGUCGCGAUUUCACCGAAAACCAUCACCGAAGCCGAGAAAUCCUGAGCACGAGCUUUAAGUGGGCCAGGCUGGAAUAGCCCUACUUUGCUGUAGCUUGCUCGGUUACAACCCAUCGGGGUCUGGCAAAGGGAUCGACGAAUGCUGUCGUAGUAAGCGUCAAUCCACCGCGGAAUCCUUCGAACCUGUACAAGAUGACACAUCUCUCACUUUCAAUGGGAACAUCUGUAACAUAAAAUACGGAGGAGACAAUCUGCGCCAUCAACUUGAGAGCUGCACAUACGAUCUCGCAUCAGCACUGCACAUUGUAUAUCAAUCUCCAACAAUGGCGACGAACGGCAAUGCUCAGAAAGUCAUCUCCCCUUCC